CAACGGCAAGAAAAAAAAUGAACGUGUCACCGAUGCGUGUUUUGACCGUUGCUGGCAUCUUGGCAAAAGUCCACAUUUGCUCGAGUUCCUCGGCCACAUGGCGUCCGGCUUCAUUCUGGGAGUGCGGAUUGACCUUCCGGCGUACUUGCGGGCCCCGCGCCACAAAUGGAGCGUUUGCAGGCCACGGACUAGGGAAGAAACGUGACGAAUAAACCGCAGCCUCGCUAAAGCCAGGAAAUGACAACUCCACCUUGACUUCAUUUUCCAACAUAUUGAUAUUGGUGUCGUGACAAAGGAUUCAAGAUGUUUUUUUUUUUUCAAGACCUAAUGCGGACCACACGCGCACGCCAAAGGCCGUCGCCCGCGGCGCUGCGGCAAAACGCUCCCUUUGUAGCGUUGGGAACGUCGUUUGCCAGCCAAUGUCGCCGAAAAGCGCCAACGAAGCGCUCGGCUCUCUCCGCGACUUCAUCUGGAGCCUUCUUCUUUGGUGCCGAGUCGUCUUUUGCUGUCAUUAACUUUGGAAAUAAAACCUUUUGUCCGUCCAUCGUUGCCGUUGUUGAACUUGCUGACGUCAUUCGCUCCCCCGUCGUCUUCUCCGCCAAUGUGCGCCGAACACAAGUGGGGAGCCGGCGCAAAAUCCGAUCUUGGCGUCUUUGUGACUUGCGGGGGGGAAAAAAAGGGCCAAAGAGCGAGAGGUGAUGUCGGAAAGGGAAAGCUCGACCGAGCGGAAAGCGGGCCGGCCACAGAGGAAAUAAUUGCGCUCGGUGCCCAGCGGGGGGCGACAAAGCGACGCGAGUCGUCUCGCACCGAACGGGACAAACGAGAAGAAAAAAGUCAAUGACGCCUGAGGAAACUUGUAAAUCCAUCAAAAAAUGAGGACGUCUUAAAUGCCAGAGGAAUAUGCCAAUGAUUUUCUUUGGGAAUAUUGAUUUUUUUCUUUGUUGAACAAAUGAUCAUGACGUCACGGAAGGCUGAACCAAUGGCUGGCCACUGUGGGCGGGGCCGGCUGCCAUGUGGAUCGCAAACAUCUGGACUCGUCAAUUGUCAUCAUGUGGACCGACCAACUCAUCGUCGUCGUCAGCUUGUCCGCGGCGGCGUUUGGCGGCCAUCUUAACUUCAACGUGUGCAUGUGGUGCGACGCGAGCAGUCCGACGUGCGGCGAGCGGCGCGGGGAGCGCGUCUGCUUCUCCAACUGCUCCCUGUCCUCCUUCUGCUCCUCCCCGCGCGACAUCUGCGUGGCCCUCUGGCGCGAGAGCAACGCGAGCGUGUCCGUGCGCACCAUGUGUCACGAUCCCGGGCGGCCGUUGGAGGGCGUGAGGGCGGGGGCGCUCCCGCUCAACUCCACGUCCCACGAGUGCCGCAUGACCGCGGCGGCGCCCGCCGAGGGCGGGCUGAAGGUGUGCGCUUGCCGCGGCCGGCACGAGUGCAACGACGAGCUCGUCUUUCGCCGCCGCGCUGACGGUCCGUCACCCGCGCCGGGCAAAGACGUGAUGGCCGUGGUCCUGGUCAGCCUGGCGCCGCCCGUUUUGGUGCUCGUCGUCGCCGUGGCCCUCUACAGGGCCCGCCGCAAAGACGGGCCCCCGCGUCCGCCGACCCUGUCGCCGGUGGGAAAACCCCCUCCGGCGGUGCGCCUGGAGGCGGUGGUGGGCGGCGGCGGAUCCGCGCGGGUGUGGCGGGCCCGGCUCCCGAACGGCGGCUCGGCGGUGGCGGCGAAGGUUUUCCCCGCCGCGCGGGAGGCCUCCUGGAGGCGCGAGGCGGCCAUCUUGGCCGACGACGGCAUGAGGCACCGCAACGUCAUCGAAUUCCUGGGGGCGCAGGCGAGGGGCGGGGCCUACUGGCUGCUGCUGGCCUAUCACAGGCUGGGCAACCUCCAAGACUUCCUGGCGACCAACGUGCUGGACUGGAAGCGGCUGCUGACCAUGGCGAGCGGCCUGGCUCGCGGCCUGGCGCACCUGCACAGUGACACCCGGUGGCCGCCCAAGGUGGCCGUGGCUCACCGCGACGUGAAGAGCAGCAACGUGCUGCUGAAGGACGACGGAGACGUGGUCCUGUGCGACUUCGGCCUGGCCGUCCAACUCCGCGCCGAGCUCACGGCCGACGACUUUGCCAACAGCGGACAGGUGGGCACGCCGCGCUACAUGUCGCCCGAGGCGCUGGAGUCGCGCGUCAACCUGCGGGACGGCGAGUCCUUCAAGCAGAUGGACGUCUACUCCAUGGCGCUCGUCCUCUGGGAGAUGGCUUCGCGCUGCCGGGCCACCGGAGGCAAGCCAGAGCCGCGCCUCGCCGGCCCGCCGUCGGCUUCGCUCACGCGCGUGCCCUCGUGUGCGCAGAGGUCGGCGGCUACGCGCCGCCAUUCGGCGCCGCGGCGGGCGAGCGUCCGCGCGUGGACGGGAUGCGGCAUUUGGUCAUCGGGGGGCGCCGACGCCCCGACAUCCCGCCGGGAUGGACGAGGCAUCGGGGAAUGAGCGCCUACUGCCGGAUGCUCACGGAGUGCUGGGACCACGACCCCGAGGCGCGCCUCACCGCGCUCUGCGCGCUGGAACGAUUACGCGCGCUCGGGCGGCGGGAAGACGGACGACUCGUCGACGAGGAAGCGCGGCCGCAUUGAAGGGCGGC